AUCAAAUGAAAUUUCGACACGGACAAUGUUUGCGAAUGUUUUAAAGAUAUUUAUUUAUAACGAUUACAAGCUACAAUAAAAAUUUAGAGUAAAUUAAAAAAUGGAAUUAUUAUCAAUAAAAACAUUUCUUCGCUCAUUAUUAUUUAUAACGAUCUUCAUAUUACUAUUUGGUCAAUUUGAAGCAUCUAGACUAAAAAAACGAGAUUAUCAAAAAAACUAUUAUUAUGCCAUAGAACUUGAAGAAAAUUCACAAAUUUCACCUAGAGAAGUAGCCGAUUUACUUAAUAUUAGAUAUGACGGUCAAAUAGGAGCAUUAGACAACCAUCAUUUGUUCAGUUCUUCAAAAGAAAUGACACAUCUAGUUACUCGAUCUCUUGAUUCAAAUUUUGAUUUAAGUGGUGAAAGUAAUGAUCGUGUCUUAUUAGAGUUUCGUUCACUUAAAGAAAGGAGACAACAAAAUCCUUCAUUAGAAAAAAGGUCAAAUGAAAUAAUUGAUAGCAUACUUUCUGUCGAAAAACAACAAUUGAGAAAACGACAUAAGAGAGUUCCCCCGCCAAUUCCUAAACCAAAAAAUAAGAAUAAUAAUCAAGAUGAUAUCGGUGCUGCCUAUGGAAUUAACGAUCCAGGAUUUAAAUAUCAAUGGCAUUUGGUUAAUGCAUUACAAGUUGAUCAUCAUAUUAACGUUACAGGUGUAUGGAAAGAAGGUAUAACUGGUAAAGGUGUAAUAGCCGCUAUAGUCGAUGAUGGUUUGGAUUAUGAAAGUGAAGAUUUGAAGGAUAAUUUUUUUGCAGCGGGAUCUUAUGAUUUUAAUGAUCAUACCCCGUUACCGAAACCUCGACUCUCUGAUGAUAAUCACGGAACUAGAUGUGCCGGUGAAAUUGCAGCCGUAAAAAAUGAUGUAUGUGGCGUAGGAGUUGCACCAGAUGCUAAGAUUGCAGGUAUCCGUAUAUUAUCGGGAGAAAUUUCUGAUGUUGAUGAAGCAGAAGCACUCAACUAUGGAUUUCAAGAAAAUCAAAUUUAUUCAUGUAGUUGGGGGCCACCUGAUGAUGGUCAAUCAGCUGAAGCCCCAAAGGGGCUUAUCUACAAAGCUAUGCUCAAAGGCAUAAAGGACGGGCGUGGAGGAAAAGGCAGUCUGUUUGUAUUCGCUUCAGGCAAUGGAGGUGCCAAUGAUGAUAAUUGCAAUUUUGACGGAUAUACAAAUAGCAUGUACACUAUUACUGUUGGUGCAGUUGACCGUUUGUUUGCACAUCCUUACUAUGCAGAAAAGUGUUCUGCACUUUUAGUUACAACUUUUAGUAGCGGAAGCGGGAGUUAUAUUUACACUACUGACGUCGGACCACAUAAUUGUUCCAGUUUGCACGGAGGUACCUCAGCUGCUGCCCCCAUUGCGGCCGGAGUUUAUGCUCUUGUCUUACAGAUCAGACCGGACCUUACAUGGAGAGAUAUGCAAUACUUGCAACUCAUAAGUGCCGUACCUUUCAAUUUGAAAGAACCUGAGUGGGAUCGUAAUGCAGCUGGUCGUUUAUUUAGUCAUAAAUAUGGUUAUGGAUUAUUAGAUGCGUAUAGAAUUGUCCAAAAUGCUAAAACAUUUAAAAAUCUCGGACCUCAAGCAUCGUUGGAAAUGCCAAUUGUUAGAGUGAAUAAACAAAUACCUAUGAAUACUAAAGGAGUUAUUCGUAGUGUACAAGUAAAACAAAGUGAUCUUGAUGGUGCCAAAUUCGGAAGAUUGGAACAUGUCACAGUUACGGUCAAUAUCCAACAUACUCGAAGAGGUGACAUACAAGUUGAUUUGACUAGUCCUAAUGGUAUAAUAUCACAUCUUGGGACUCCAAGAAUGUAUGAUGAACAUCGAGGUGGUUUAAGCAAUUGGACCUUUAUGAGCGUUAAACAUUGGGAUGAAAAUCCAAUUGGUAAAUGGACAGUUCAAGUUAGAGACACUCAAAAUCCUGAAUUUUGGGGAACUUUAAUAGACUGGAAAAUUAAGUUUUGGGGCGAACAAAAGAAUCUUACCGAGACGCCAGCCACAAAUACUGAUGAUAGCGAAAAAAUUACAAACCCCGCAUCAUCAGGUGCUACAACCACAGAUUCUCCUAAGAGCACUACGACUCAUGAUGCGGGAAAUUCGUCCAGUAAGGUAGAUAUUGAGCACAAAUCUUCUAAACCAAAUACUUGGGUUAUAGCGAUUAUUGGAAUGGGAUUUGCUUUUAUGUUUGCUGGAUUAGCCUAUUUUGCAAAAAAACAUUAUUGGGAUAAAAAAUUAUUUUCACGACAAAGUUACUCUGUGUUACAAUCUUCAGAAGCUACGAACUCAGGUGAAGAUUCUAUUCCAUUAACCAGUGGCAACAAACAAUAUAUGACUUCAAGAGAAUUAUUUGAUGCAUUUGGUGAUAGUUCUGGUGAAGAGGAAGAGACUACACAAGUAGUAUUUGAAAAUUCUUAUAUGGAUAAAUAUAUGAAUGAUGAUGAAAAAGUUGAAAGCGAAACAAUUAAUGAAAAGAGCAUUGAUGAUGGCGGAAAUGCAAGUGGCUCAGGAGGUGAAGAUCUAAGACAAGGCGAAUCAAAUAAUGAUAGAAGUUAAAAAUAAUUCACAUUUAACAAGAAGUGAUGAACUUAAAAAAAAAGACUAAUUUAA